AUGUCAUCGACCCAGGCCGGCGCCAAGGUCUCGUUGCAUCCCGUCGCAUCUCGCCAUGGCCAGCAGAGCUCAACUGUAAUCUCGGUCAACCUGCCCACCGCCGGCGCCGGCCCCCGAGCGGGAUCGGCCCGACCCGGGGCUGACAAGCUCGCCAGAGCUCCGCCGCCCUCCCCUGCUGCAUCUCGUUGCGGAGGCCGUCCUCAAGCUCCUUCGCAGGCCAACGCCAACGCUAACGCUGGCGGAGAGUGGGGUCUCCAGCAUCCAGCACUCGAUCGCUAUGCCGUCAUUGACGACGACCCGACACCUCUCGAGCUGGAGCAGCAGGAGCGGGCUGCAGACGAGGCCCGAAGUCGCAGUGGGCCAUCGCCCAUGGCCCUCGACGCCGGGCACGACGACGAACGAGCACCCCCGAUACGCGCCAUGAGCGCAAGCCAGCUUGCCGAGCUCCACAGCAGGUAUGUGGCGCUCGACGUGCCGCACAACGUCGUCUUCCCCUUUCUCCACGGCGUCGAUGGCAAUAUUGCGGCGCAAAACGUCUUUUUCGGCGCGCCAAUGUCGGGUCAGCCCACUCCAAACUACCGUGGCCUCACCAUCGUCCGCGCCGACAUGCCGACGCCCGAGGAAGAGGCCGCGCUACGCAAGCUGGAGCGGCAACGAGGCAAUUCGACCGGAUCGUCGUCGUCCGAAGGAUGGCAGAGCGACCAGAUUGGGCUUGGCAUCGAUACGCGGAGCCGAGCGCGCGCCUCCUCCAUGAGCACGUCGCAGUCGAUGGCCAGCUCCAACGGCUCGUCCGACGGUAUCGACGACGCCGACGAUGGCCGCCCGACCUGGCCUACGGCCGCCACGGCCAUGCCGAUCCAACGCCCCGGCGAGUUGGACCUGCCCCCGGCCCAGUGCGGCCGGCCACGCGCAAUGACCUCGUCGACCUCGAGCGCGUCCAUGACCUCUUCGACCAUCUCCGGACCUUCGCUCUUCUCGUGGGCCUCUAGCGGCAACGGAACGGGAUCGCAGACCAGCUUCAGCAGCUCCAGCGAUGCGGCCGACGACGCCUACCGCGGCGGCAUCAAGGGCAGCGCCGGAGACUCAGCCCGCAGCCGCUCGUCUUCGACGCCGUACCAGGCGCAGCCCAAGCACAGCGUCCUCAACUCGACCGUCUUUCCCGCCGAGAUCCUGAGCCCGCCCACAAUCCGACGCGUCGUCUACGGACGCAGCGUCUACGGCGACCUGGCCUAUCCCGGCAGCUUCGGCGACGAGGGCGAGGGCGAGGUCAGCCGCAUUGGCGCCAAGUUUGUCUCGCCACCUCAGGCGGCCGGCGUCAGCCUGCGAAACUUCAAGAUUCAGUGUGCCAAGUAUGCGACCAUCUCGGACAUCGUCGUCUACUGCCCUGCUGGCUACCACCCUGGCGCCCUCCGCCUUGCCCAGUGGUUCCGUGAGGCCCAAGAUGCAUUGUGGCGCGACCGACAGGCGCGCGGUCUCGGCGGGCUCCGCUACAAUGUCUUCGUCGUGACAGAUCCCUUUGACGCCUUCGAGCGAUGCUGCCCGGAACUCGUCGCCGUCGAUGGAUGCGGCUUCUCGCGCAACCGCGUCGACUUUGUUGAUCGCGAGCGCGAGGAGAUGCAGCGCCUGACUGCCGCAUCCGAGAUCGACGACAACGUGUGGCUCGGCUGCACUGGCGACCUGCCCGGCCUGCCCGGCAGCGACUGCACCGACGACGAGCCGCUGACGCCGGACGAGGAGGGCAAUCCCCACUGCUUUGCAGUCUGCAUCGAGGCCCAUGACGCCGCUGCUUCGCCCAACAAGGCUCGCCUCGCCCACGCCAAUCAUUUCCUCGACGCCAUCGAGGCGACGGCGCUCUUUGAGGUCGAUAGCAGGCAGGCGCUGCGCAAGUUGGCCGAGGACGACGAUGGACCGUGGACGGACGACGGUGCGCAGCGCCGGGGCAGCGGCGACCUUCGAGGUGGCUCGCUGGUCCUGGGCCCCAACGGCUGGACCCCCGUCCCCUGCAGCGGCGGCCUGACCAACGGAUCGCUCAAUCAGCAUGCCAAGUGGCGGGGUCAGCAGGCGGCCGCGGCAGGCGGCAGGACCUCGAGCUCGUUUGACGACCAGAGAUCGCCGCUGCUGCUGGAACCCAGCAGCGUCAUCCACAUGGAGUGCCCAUCGACGUUCCAGAACUGUCAGUCGGAGCAGCAGGUGGCCAGCAUCAUCGAGGGCAUCUUGCUUCUCUGCGCGUGGAUCAAGAAGCAGGCCCAGCCCGCCGCCACCUCCAGCUCGGCCGCACUGCCGCACCGGUCUCGCAGAGUGCUGCUCCACUGCGGCGAUGGCUACACCGAGACCUCGGUCGUUGCCCUCUCGUACCUCAUGUUCUCCCGCGGCCUCUCGUUGCCGGAGGCCUACCUCGAUCUCCAGCUCCGCUCCAAGCGCUCCUUCUUCGUCUACGCUCGUGACCUGCCCUUUCUCAAGAAGGUCGAGGCUGCCAUCGCCGAAGACAGGAGGGCUCGCCAGGCGCUCCUCGCACAGGAGCGUGAGGCCGACGCCCGCGCUCGGCGGGUGCGUCACUCGCAAUCGAAGUCGUACGGCGGCGGCAACGGCGAGGAACGCUUCGGCUUCAAGCUCGGCCUCGGCCGCAGUCAGGGCUCUUCGCGGCGCUCGUCGAUGUCGUCCUCGGCCAGCGAGACGAACCUCAACGCUGCCAUGAGCCCGGCCGAGCAGAGCGUGUGGGCACGCAGCCUCGCCGCGGCGACGGGUCUCGUUGCAGCUCCGGGCCAGACGAUACGCAAGGCAACCUCCAACUCCCGGCCAUCGAGCCGGCUGCCGUCGCGCGCCCGGACGCCGACGCCCAAGGACGAAGGCUCGUCAACCUCCUCGCAGGCCUCGAGUGAGGCCUCGCGCGGCCCGUCCGACGCGCUCCGGACCGACUUCCGCUGGUUCCACGACGCGCGCUUCGAGGGCUCCUUCCCCUCGCGCAUCUUGCCCUUCCUCUAUCUCGGUAACCUCAACCAUGCGCUCAACGCCCACAUGCUGCACGCCUUGGGCAUCACGCACGUCGUUUCGGUUGGGGAGUCGGCGAUCGCGCCGCCUUCGUGCGACGUCAACGGCAACCGGGUCGCGCCGGGCCAGCACAUGUCUGGCUCGCCCAACUACACGGCGCACAACUCGCUCUACCACGAGCAUGCCGAGGGUCGCAUCAGCGUCCUCGACCUCAAGAACGUCUCCGACGACGGCAUCGACCCGCUGCGCGACACGAUGCGCGACGCCGUCGAGUACAUCGAGGCCGCCCGCCGCAGCGGCGGCAAGGUGCUCGUCCACUGCCGUGUCGGCGUGAGCCGCAGCACCACCAUCGUCCUCGCCUACGUCAUGGCCCACCUGGACUUGAGCCUGGUCGAGAGCUACCUCCUGGUCCGCAGCAGACGCCUCAACAUUCUCAUCCAGCCUCACCUGCUCUUCUUCUGGGAGCUGCGUGGCUGGGAGACGUUCCUCGCCCAGGAAAAGGCCCGGCUGGCCGCUCGCCUUCGCAAGGCGGCGCCCCGCAGCGUGUUUGAGUCGCCCGACAGCAGCCGCACGCGGCAGGUGCACGGCGGCUGCAUCUCGGACGCCUUCACCGGCCUGUCCGUCCGCAGCGGCAGGAGCGAAGGUUCGGGCUCGUACCGAUCCGCCAGCUCUUCGCCCUGUGUGUCGCCGCUCCCUUUCUACCCCGAGGAGAGGGCGACUGAGUCCAAGGCCGACAUGGUGGACGCCGAAGAGCUUGGCCCUCGCCUCGACGUCGACCUGGCGGCCGGAGCGGGCUCCGUCUACAACUUCCGCCCGAGGGACGCUGCGCUCCUCCCUUUCGGCUCGGGCAGCUCGGCCGGUCUCCCCUACGCCUCGAUGCGCCUGCUUUGGGGCCACUUUGCACGCGAGAUCGCCGACCUCAAUGGCCGCUACUUUGUUUGA